AUGGCGAAUCAGUCCCAGAAAACUGUAUACAAGCUAGUGCUGACCGGAGGGCCUUGCGGCGGAAAAACCACCGGCCAGUCACGUCUUAGUACUUUCUUCGAAAACUUGGGAUGGAAGGUGUUCCGGGUGCCGGAAACGGCUACCGUCCUCUUAAGUGGUGGUGUGAAGUUUGUAGAUCUCAGCCCGGAGGAAGCUAACAAAUUCCAAGAGAAUUUGUUGAAGACCAUGAUACAAAUUGAGAACACCUUCUUUGAGUUGGGCAGGACGUGCCAGCGUAACUGUCUGAUUAUAUGCGAUCGAGGAGCCAUGGACGCUAGUGCAUUUAUUUCCAAAGAAAAAUGGGAGGCUAUGUUAAGUGCUAAUAACUGGAACUGUGUGGAACUGCGCGACAACCGAUAUAACCAUAUUGUUCAUAUGGUAUCGGCAGCAAACGGUGCGGAAGACUUCUAUUCAACUGAGGAACACGCAUGUCGGUCCGAAGGCGUAGAGUUGGCCAGAGAACUGGAUUACAACGCGGCUGCAUCGUGGGUUGGACAUCCCUAUUUCGACGUUAUCGAUAACUCCACAGACUUCGACAAGAAGAUGAAUCGUCUGAUCGCUUGCGUCUGCCAACGUAUAGGCAUAGACACCGGUGACAGACUCAACGUCAACGCCAAGAAGCGGAAGUUCCUUGUCAAAUGCCCACUACCUGUGGAUGCAGAGUUCCCGAAAUUUCAGGACUUCGACGUGGAACACAACUACUUACAGAGCGACUUCCGUAAAGCUCAGGUGCGGUUAAGGAAGCGCGGGCAAAAGGGCCACUGGUCUUAUAUCCACACUAUGAGGAAAUUCCACCAGAAUGGCCAGUCGGUGGAAGUGAGGACUCAGCUAACCCACAGAGAUUACCUGAAUAUGCUUCCGCAACGGGAUGACGCGCACUUCACGAUAUUCAAGAAACGCCGCUGCUUUAUCUACAACAACCAGUAUUACCAACUGGAUAUGUACAGACAACCCACGCAUCCAAGAUGUCGCGGAAUGGUUCUGCUAGAAACGUAUAGCGCUGCGUACGAUCAAGACGCUCUUUUGGCAACUUUGCCUAAGUUUUUGACUAUUGAGAAGGAGGUUACGGGUGACCCAGCAUACUCUAUGUAUAAUUUGUCAUUAAAGGAAGAUUGGAAAACAUCAAAAAGGUACUACGCCGGGUCUGGCGCAAACGGACAAGCUAGAAGAAAAGAGAAACUAAAUGGACAUGCUGAUAAACUUCACGAUGGCGACACUAAAAUGAAUAGUCAUGGAAAAAUAAGUGGAUGUGAAGAAAAAAUAAAUGGGCAUUCUGAUCAUAAAUUAAAUGGUCACAGCAAAAUGAAUGGGCACGGACCUUUUAAAAUAAGUGGACAUGGACCGAUCAAUGGAAUUUCAAGUCUCCAUGAUAGUGAUAUGGAGCAUCUCAAGACAAACACUAUUCAUGUAUCGUCACCAAAGAUGAAAAAAGUUGCUAUUAAGACAUAA